AUGCUGCUCAACUCGCCUCGCCGUACCACCGAAGAGAAAUACGAGAAGGAUGGAUAUGCUGUGAAGUGGACGUUUGUGAAUGACUUGGAGCUCAUAUUUGUGGUUGCAUAUCAGCGAAUUCUCCAACUAGCCUAUGUAGACGACCUGCUCGCUGCCAUGAAGCGACUCUUCAUCCAGUAUUUCGAGCCAUUUCUGGCAGCAUUUGUUACUUCUUUGCAUAGUUUCAAUAGCGCAAAGGCAGCUAGCAUCCAAAAAGCGGCUUCUUGGGACUUUGCAAAAACCUUUGAGCGUUGGGACGUGUUGUUCGACAAGUUGCUGAAGGGCCUUGAAGAAAAGGCAGCUCAGGACCGCAAAUCACGGUUGCGCACGACUGUUCGAGCCCAGGUCGAGAACAUCACACCACCCUCCGACGAGCCGGAUACAGCUCCGUCUAUAAGUCCUGAUACCCCGCAAGACGAGCAACAUAUUGCAAGGAACGUUCAGGCCCUGAAGAGCCGUUUGCGUGGUCGCGGUGGACGUCGAGGCGGACGGGGUGCACGGUCUGAUCUGACCUCUGGCCGGGAAAGUACCGCGGAAUCAGAUACAGACGCCCAACCCAAACGCAAGUCGAAAGCCAAAGCCCAGCGAAAAUGGGGUGACGAGGCCCCUACGGAGGCUGACAUGGCUUCUCUGGACUUCAGCAUUGAUAAGCCAGAGUCUGGAAGCGGAGACGUCGGCGUUCAAGACCUGCGAUCACUGGUUGAUCAGUCGUCCUUGGGAACGAGGAAUCGAGACGGUCUUUACGAAGUUAAAGACUGGGACUUCUCGAGAGAAGAGGACGAUGCCGACGACGCCAUUGCAAAUGCCCUCAAGCCGUUGGAUUCAAAGCUCAGUUCUGAGGGCUCAAUGGGAACCUUAGGUUCUAUAUUUGCUCGUUUGACAGGUUCAAAGGUCCUCACGGAAGCGGACUUGAAGCCAGUUCUUGAAGUGAUGAAACAACAUUUGAUGAAGAAAAAUGUCGCGAUGGAGAUCUCGGAGAAGGUCUGUGAGGGUGUUGGGGAGAGUCUAGUCGGAAAAAAGGUUGGCAGUUUCCAGACAAUUAACAAUGCCGUCCGUGUGGCGUUGUCAACCUCACUAACACGGAUAUUGACUCCAAAAACCUCAACCGAUCUCUUGCUUUCAAUACGCACCAAACUGUCCUCUCCAUUACCAUCAAACCAACAACGCAUGCCCUACAGUAUCACCUUCGUUGGUGUUAAUGGCGUAGGAAAGAGUACCAAUCUGUCAAAGGUGUGCUUCUGGCUUAUUCAGAACGGCCUGCGUGUUUUGAUCGCUGCUUGCGAUACAUUCCGGAGUGGGGCAGUCGAGCAACUCCGAGUGCACGUGCGUAAUUUGAGCAUGCUGGGCGUUAAUGGAGCCGCCGACAGUAAAGGACGUGUCGAGUUAUUUCAACGGGGGUAUGGUAAAGAUGCCGCUGGUAUUGCCCGAGAAGCUAUUAAUUACGCUCGGGAUAACAACUUUGAUGUCGUUCUCAUCGACACUGCUGGUCGAAUGCAGGAUAACGAGCCACUCAUGCGGGCUCUCGCCAAGCUUGUGUCCGUGAAUAACCCUGACAAAAUUAUCUUUGUCGGUGAAGCCUUGGUCGGAAACGAGGCUGUCGACCAGCUGACCAAGUUCGACCGUGCCCUACGCGAUUUCUCGUCUGCGUCAGGCGCUGGGCGGGGUCGUGGAAUCGAUGGCAUGCUCGUCACCAAGUGGGACACCGUCGAUGACAAGGUUGGCGCAGCGUUGUCGAUGACUUAUGUCACUGGACAGCCCAUAAUCUUUGUUGGCUGCGGUCAGACCUAUACCGACCUUAGGCAACUGCGUGUUACGAAUGUCGUCCAGGCAAUUCUGAAGGAUUGA